UGGGCGUCCUGGCUCUGCGUGCACAUGCGCAGUGCGAGCUGCGAGCGCAGCAGCCGCUAGGCUUGUGAGGAUUUCGGGCCUGGCGCUGUAACCCGGGCAACUGUCUCGCCGUGAACUGGGCGCCCGACCCCUGCACAUACUUGCUUCCCGCUUCAGAGGAUGGCGGCUUCGGGCCCAACCAAAAUCGCAUGGAAGCUACAAGAGUUUGUUGCUCAUGCUGGAAAUGUAACAUGCCUGGUGCUGGGAAAGAAUUCAGGCAGACUGUUGGCCACAGGUGGUGAAGACUGUCGAGUCAACUUAUGGUCAGUCAGCAAACCUAACUGUGUUAUGAGUCUUACAGGUCACAACACACCAGUCGAAUGUAUUCAAUUUAAAGACUCUGAGGAGUUGGUUGUUGCAGGCUCACGGUCUGGAUCACUAAGAAUAUGGGAUUUGGAAGCCGCUAAGAUCCUUCGGACGCUGUCUGGCCACAAAGCCAACAUCUGCAGUUUAGACUUUCAUCCUUUUGGAGAGUUUGUGGCUUCUGGCUCUAUGGACACCAAUGUAAAGUUGUGGGACAUUCGGAGGAAAGGUUGUGUAAUGACAUACAAGGGACACACAAAUGCCGUGCGGUGUUUAAGGUUCAGUCCUGAUGGGCGAUGGAUUGCUGCUGCUGGAGAUGAUAGCACCGUGAAGCUGUGGGAUUUAUCAGCUGCAAAAAUUCUAACGGAAUUUACAGAUCACACUGGACCUGUAAAUAUUGUGGAGUUCCACCCGAAUGAGUAUCUCUUGGCUUCCGGCAGCUCAGACAGAACGAUAAAGUUUUGGGAUCUAGAAAAGUUUAAGAUGGUGAGCUGCACAGAAGUAGAGAGCACCCCUGUCAGGAGUAUUUUGUUCAAUCCAGACGGUUGUUGUCUAUACAGUGGAUCUCAAGAUUCAUUGCAUGUUUACGGCUGGGAGCCUCCACGUUGCUUUGAUGUACUUCCUGUUAACUGGGGUAGAGCAGCAGACCUUUGCAUCUGUUCCAAUCAAUUGAUUGGAGCUUCAUUCAAUCAGGUGACAGUCUCCACAUUUGUGGUGGAUUUGAAUCGAGUGAAGAAGACUGGUUCAAUUGUGCAGGGCACAGUUGAAGAUGAAAAGCUCUUCAAUUUACCAGUGAUGAAAGUAGCUGCACUCAGACGCAAUUAUGAGCGGCCUCUAACCACAUGCAACAGACCUCAAAGCAAAGUGAAAGAAGAGCUGGAGAAUGAAGGGAAAAACCAGAGUGCAGAAGAGGAGAAGGAUGACAAGGAGUCGACUGCAGAAAUCAGGAAUCCAGAGGAAUACAAGGAGAUUUUUCAGCCACAAAAUGCCAUUGCUCGAACUCCACCUCGGCGGACUGAUCCCUUCCCUGCUCCACCAGAAGAUGAUACUACUUCUGUGAAAGAAUCUGAAAAAGUGACUCCUCCAACAGAGGUGCCCUCUCCUGCCUUAAAAAGAUUACAGGCAGAUCAGCUGAGCUUUCAUCCAUCAGCAGCUUCCACCCCCAACAACCGUCCUGAAGCACCGAUAAUUCCAAUCGCCAAAAAUGAGCCAAUUGGGUUGAAGGCAGCGGAUUUUCUCCCAAAUAAUAAAUUGUCAGAUUUGAGUGAUGAAGAUGCUAUGAGUCAAAUCCAGAAAGGACAUGAUACCAUGUGUGUAGUUUUAAAAAGUCGAUUCAAGAAUUUAGACACUGUGAGAGCUGUAUGGACCACUGGCGAUAUAAAGACAUCCAUAGACUCGGCAGUGACCAUGAAUGACUUGGCAAUCAUUGUAGACAUUUUGAAUAUUAUUAACCUUAAACCCGCCUUAUGGAAACUGGACCUUUGCCCUUCGAUCAUUCCUCCGAUUGACAAGUUGUUGCAGAGCAAGUAUGAAAGUUAUGUCCAGACUGGCUGUACUUCUCUGAAGCUAAUCCUCCAGCGAUUUGGACUCUUAAUAGCGGACAAUCUGGUUACACUACCUUCAAUUGGGGUAGAUAUAACACGAGAAGAAAGGCACCAGAAAUGUAAACUUUGUUAUAAGCAGUUAAAGAACUUGCUCCCAAUCCUUCAGAGUAAAGCAGGAAUGCCUGGUCGGCAAGGUAGUGCUUUUCGUGAACUACAGCUUCUGAUGGCAGCAUUUGAAUGAGAAUGGACUCGUUAUUGAAUAGUCCCCUCCAGAGUCUUCCUUGAGGUUCUCCUCUGGUGUAUUGGAUAUCAUUUUGCAUAGACUGCUGGCAAAUGAUUCAAAGACCAAAUUGUUUCAAGUAAAAUUGUUUUUAAAGUUUACAAAAAAUUAGGUGGUUAUGCAAAACUGGGCCUCAAAUGUUCUUUUGUUAAAUCCCACUGCAAAUAACAAUUCACCUUUUGGUAUUUACAAUGACUGAAGACCUGGGGAAAUAUGAUUCUUAAAACUUUUGCCUUGUGUUGAUUUUGCAUCUAUGCCCAUUGGCCAACAAUGCCAGGGGGAGAGAUGUUCUUGAACAUGUUGACUUGUUUUAAAUUCUUUUAUCUUCUAUUUAUACAUUGAGAUUAAAAUUAAUUCCAAUCUCCAAACCUAGAAAAUUAACUUUUCAUUGCAUCAAACACACUGAAGCCAUUUCAUGGCACUAGAGGUGGCCUUAUCCAUCCUGGUGAUGGUUAGUGUCCCUAGACCACAAGGGUAGUUAUGGACUGUAGUUUGUGACAUAAGCUACUAGUGUGUAGCAGUAAACAGCCUGUUGGGCUUAUUUGGAAAUGUUAACUA